ACAAAUAGAUCAGUCACGUUACGCCGCGCUCGCAUAGAAAAGACUAAACGGGCACGGGCCACGGGGCAAGAGUCGCUCGUUUGUCUUUUGUACUACAUUUUUGUCUACUGAGAUACUUACCAAUUUUUUUAUUCAUUAAAUGAUUAUUUAGGUUUCAUAGUAAAAAAAGUAUUAUUUUAGAUGACUUGUAGAAAAAGUAUUGCUAUACAAUAGUGACUCAGCAAGCUUCGUUGCCUAAACACGGUACUCGACUGAAAAGCUCUCUAUAAUAUCACGAUUGUAUAAUAGUACAUUACGAUACAAGUGCGAAAAAUAGGAAAUUCAAAACGAGUGGCGAUAAAUUAAAACACGACCGAAGGGAGUGUUUUAAAUCGACACGAGUUUAGAUAUUACCUAUUCGCACAUGUAUCGUACAACGUUUUACAGUACAUAUGGCCCUUUAAAUGUACGACACAGUAACGUAAUAAGCUAAUUUUCGCACUAGUGCUAUAAAGUAGCACCAUAUGUACUGUAAAAUACUAUUGCGUGCAGAAUGUAUCCGUCAAGAAGAGUGAACGACUCUGUGCACUGGUUCGUGGGCGAGCUGACGUCCAGGGUGGUCGCGGAGUCGGGGACACCCUCCGACAUACACCAUCUCGGGAAAAUCCUGCUGCAGAGCUUUAAGGAUGACCCGGAUUUCGUGUCGCAGAUCGACGGGGCGACGGGUGAAUCAGAAACCAAUGGUUCAGUCCUCGAGAGGUCAGUUCGCUGCGCCAUCGCCCUCAAGAGCCUGGGUCUCCAGCGCGGUGACGUCAUCACCCUCAUGGCUCCGAACCACAUCGACCUGGCCAUACCGUUCUACGCGGCCCUCUACCUGGGAGUCAUUGUGUCUGCUAUUGACAUGACCUUGGUUGUUAACGAACUCCAAAGCAACUUUGAAGUGUCCAGACCUAAGGUGGUGUUCUGUCAGAGUGACCGAGCGCAGGACGUUCAGCAAGCUCUAAAAAGAAUCGAAUCCGAUGCCUUGACAGUCACUUUCGGUAAAGGUGGUUCGUGCAGCUUCAUCGACUUUUUGGAGAAAUAUGGAGGACAAUGUUCCGUUGAAAAGUUCAAGCCAACGGACUUCGAUCCUGAAGAUACAAUCGCCACCCUGGUCGCUACCAGCGGGACCACCGGAUUGCCCAAAUGUGCUGCCGCCACUCAUAAGAAUCUUGCUGUCACGGGACCAUACCUAUGGACUCGGUACACCAAAUUCCCAACUCCAACGAAGUUGGCACUGAUAGCAUCACCAUUGCAAUGGCUGACGGCGCAAUGGAUGGUCCUGAUGUCUCCAGUAACGCGUAUUACUAGACUGCAAUCAUCUCAAUCUUUAACGCAGCGGCACACAUAUUAUCUCAUCAACACUUACAAGCCAACCUUCGUUAUGAUGAGUCCAACGUUCAUGACCACUUUGCUGAUACCAGAAGAAGGAUCAGAACAGUGCGAUUUCAGCUGUUUUGAGACCAUCGCGAUGGGAGGAGGGAAAGUGCCAGUGGAGCUCGUCCAAGGGGUUAAGAAACUAACACCUAACACAGAAGUAUUUAUCGGUUUUGGAAUAAGCGAGGCAUCAACAUCGGUAUUCGUAAACGACGUGACGAGUGACAGAAAUUCAACCCUUGGCACCGUUGGAAAACCCAUGGGCUGCUGGCAGUACAGAUUGAUAGAUGUCCAGACCCAAGAGGACAUCAGCGAAGCAUACAAAAAUGGAGAAAUAUGGUUGAAAGGUCCUGGACUUGUUAAAGGCUACUACAGAAACCCAGAGGCAACGGCAGAGGCGUUCACCAAAGACGGUUGGUUCAAGACUGGCGAUAUGGUGUACAGGGAUGAAAACUACAACUUCUUCUACGUAGAACGAAUUAAAUUGCUGCUUAAGUAUAUGAACCAUCAGAUCUCUCCACUAGAACUGGAGGCUACAAUCCGUCAACACCCGGGGGUGUUGGACGUCGCCGUGACCGGUAUACCGGACAAGCGUGGGGAGCUACCGGUCGCUUGCGUGGUGCGGCGGCCAGGGCAUGAUGUCAAUGCCGAGGAGAUCAAACAGCUGGUCAAAGAAAAUUUGACGGACUCGAAACAGCUAAGAGGAGGAGUAUUAUUCUUGGACGCCAUUCCACAAACAGCAACCACGAAGAUCCACCGAAGAAAACUCAAGGAAAUAGCCUUGAAAAUGCUAGCGGAUCCAGAAAUAACAAACAAUUCUCUUUCACACUAGCAGGCAUUCAUAGAGGAUGAUUCACGCUAAAACGGUCCGAGUCCGUUCCAAGACCAGUGGGGUGACACUGGACC